CCGACAUUGACUGGCCAUGAAGGAUUUCAGCCCCGCAAAGGGUGCCUCUGUGGGGGUUUCGGAGGCUUACUCUGUACGCUGGUGACUGACUGGCUCCUCCAGCAACACCGGUCGACUCUCAAACUUGAAUGACCGAGAGCCGAGGGUCAGCGAUCGGUCUUCCCGCAAUCGCCGUCUUUCACACCUCUCCAGAGCCGACAGAUACAAAUAAAAGAUGAUUCUUCAUUGCCUGCGACCCCAACAUUUCUCGCUCUCGAUUUGUAUCACCAUCAAGUUUACAUUUCCUCAUUUUUGACAUCCCUCUAGAGAAUACCAACCCGAGUCAAUCUUCACGUAUACCCUCCUCACCAUGCCUCGUAAACCCGCACCCGCCUACGUCCUCGGCGUGGGCAUGACCAAGUUCAUCAAGCCCCGCGGAAAGGUUGACUACACUGAGCUCGGCUUCGAAGCUGGUGUCAAGGCUAUGCUCGAUGCUCAAAUCAACUAUGAUGAUGUCGACCAGGGUGUUGCCUGUUACUGCUACGGUGAUUCUACCUGCGGUCAGAGAGUCUUCUACCAGUUCGGCAUGACCCAGAUUCCCAUCUACAAUGUCAACAACAACUGCUCGACUGGUAGCACCGGUCUUAACAUGGCUAGACAAGCUAUCUCAUACGGCGCCGCCGACUGUGUCCUUGUCAUCGGCUUCGAGAAGAUGAACCCGGGCAGCCUCACAACCUAUUUCAAUGACCGAGAAAACCCAACCGGCACCUCCAACAAGAUGCUCAAGGAGACACGUGGUGUAACCAAUGCGCCAGGUGCCGCCCAGCUCUUUGGCAACGCUGGCCGAGAAUAUAUGGAGAAAUAUGGUGCUAGCGCCGAAGACUUUGCUGAGAUUGCCCGUGUCAACCACGAACACAGCAAGCGAAACCCUUACUCGCAAUUCAAGGAUGAAUACACCUUGGAACAGAUCCUCAAGUCACCUAUGAUUCAUGCUCCCUUGACCAAGCUUCAGUGCUGCCCCACAUCUGACGGUGGUGCCGCUGUCGUCGUCGUUUCGCAAGAGUUCCUCGAUAAGCGACCACACCUCAAGUCUCAGGCUAUUUUGAUCGCCGGUCAGAAGCUCGCUACCGAUCCCCCCGAUCUAUUCAGCCGAUCUGCUAUUGACCUAGUCGGCUAUAAGAUGUCCGAGUAUGCUGCCGAAGUUGCCCUCAAGGAGGCCGGUAUCACCCCCAAUGACGUGAGCGUCGUUGAAGUCCACGACUGCUUCAGCGCUAACGAGAUGUGUGUCAUCGAUGCGCUCAAGCUUUGCCCUAAGGGUAAAGCCCACGAGCUUGUCCGUUCCGGAGGUAUCACCUACGGCGGCAAGUAUGUCAUCAACCCAUCAGGAGGUCUCAUCUCCAAGGGUCACCCUCUAGGCGCCACUGGUCUUGCUCAGUGUGCAGAACUCACCUGGCACCUUCGAGGCUGGGCCAACAACCGUCUAGUCAAGGACACCAAGUACGCUCUUCAACACAACCUGGGUCUCGGCGGUGCCGUCGUUGUAACCGUCUACGCCCGCCCAGAUGGCAAGGCUGCCACCCCUGUCACGGAUGUCGAAGUUGGCAAAAUCAACGGCUUGGGUUACAACCCUGCCACCGAAGCCAAGGGCUUCACCACCGAGCAGGCGAGAAGAGUUGUCUCACAGAAACAGUUCUCGGACUGGGCGCUCCAGGACACCCAGACCAAGGUGCAAUCGAGGUUUUAGGCAUGAAAUGUCUCGUACUCUCAAUUUGAUAUGUAUAUAAAACUCUGUCAAUGACCAUCUAUCCAUAUAUGAUGUAUGAUGGAUGCUCCAUCAAGUGUUGAAAAA